AGCAGCAGUUGUUGAUGAUGCAGAGUUCACCCCCCUAGUCUCUGUAAGUCGCCUUGGGUAAAGGCAUCUGCUAAAUAAACAAAUAAUAUUAAUAAUAAUAAUAAUAAUAAUAAUAAUAAUAAUAAUAAUAAUUUUAAAAAUACAAAAAACACACUCACAAACAUACACACUGAUACACACUUGCAGUGCUGCUGCAACAGAGUCAGCAGGUAAUGAUAAUGCUAGAGACGGGAUAUAGGGACUGGAGUGAACAUACACGUGUACGUGUAGCUACACGUACACGCACACGCUGCUGUGUUCUGCAGGGGGCGGCACGGGUUAAAGAUUUUUUAGAGAGAGACUAAGCGCUUGUUUUUAUUAAUUAUGAUUUUUUUUAAUGACUCGCUUAUUAGUAUUGAAUAAACACUCGCACAUUACAAGAAUUUGUUCAAAAAUAUAUAUAUAUUUUUUUUUUUAAAAAAGAGAAAAAAAUUAAAAUCAGAUCGCUGUCACUUUAGAUAUCUUUGCGGUAUCUCUUCUGUCUCCUAAAACUAAUUUAAAUGCUGUCAUUUUUGCCGGAAGAGGUGGUUGUCUCUGUCUAAUAAAGUCAAAAUUUGAAUAGCGUGUAUUUUGUUUUUAUUUUUUUAUACAAUAUAAAGUUUUUUUUAAUGAGUAACUUCUGGCGCUCAUUACAGCAUAACUUACCAAAAAUAAAAACAUGGGGGUUACGUUAAUCUUUGUAGAGAAAAGUUAUAGUUUUAUGUUAUAGGGUGUGUUUAAUGUUGUAUUUUAAUGGGUGUAAAAAUAAUAUUUAUAUAAUUUUGUUUCUAAUAUAAACAAAUACGGAGACCGUCUCGCGAAACACUUUAAGAAAAAACCGUUAAAUUUCAAAUUCGCAGCCCGUGCACGUCCCCGCGAGCGCGUCCCCGCAGCAGUAGGUUCGGCAGCGGCAAGCUUUUGGCGGGAAGUGGGGAGAAGGUGAGCGUCACCUUCUUCAAGUCGAGCGGUUGCGUCUCGGCUUUUUAAAGAAAAAUAAGCGAUGUUUUUGUUUUUUUUAAAUAUUUUUUAUGUUGUUAGAAGUUUGAACUUGUUAUUAUAUGGCUAUUUUAUCGAUGUUUGCCAUUGUGUCGUAUUUAUUUUUUUAUAUACCGGUAUGUUAUAUUUUUAGGUCUACGUUAUUAUUAUUAUUAUUAUUAUUAUUAUUAUUAUUAUUAUUAUUAUUAUUAUUAUUAUUAUUAUUAUUGUGGUAUUUUACCGUCUUCUUUCCCUGUAUGUGUUAGUCAAAUAUAAUAUUUAACAUGUUAUUCGGUUCGUGUUUUAUUAGUUAUUAGGUCAAAUAGAUGUUUGUAGACCGAUCCUAAUUCCUUCAUAUGUAUUGUCUUGGGCCUGUAAAAUAUAUAAGGUAGAUUUUAAUACAUUUGAGACGCAGUUUAAUAAAAAAUAAUCUGAUGUUUGCUUUCAAACUUUUUUUUUUCUAGGAAAAUGUGGUUUUAAUAUUUGAACUGUUUCUUUUGUGACUUUUGCAUAAAUAUUACUGUAUUUGUAGCGACUUAAAACAAAAUAUGCCUUUAGGUACACAAGCGGUUAAAUAAAUUAUGCAGAAAAAUGAAAGAUAUAUUCAAACGAUUGGUGGGAAAGGAAGUAUUACUUUACAUUUGUAUUAUUAUUAUUAUUAUUAUUAUUAUUAUUAUUAUUAUUAUUAUUAUUAUUAUUUUAUUGUAAGUUUUUACUACUUUUGAUAGUGGAGGCUUACUAUUUUUUUUUUAACCCACACGAAAAACUCAGAUACUGUGAUAUUGGUUAUAUAAAUAAAACACAUUGCAAUGAAUAUUAUUUUUUUCGAAGGUCUUUCUUUAUAAAAUCAACACUGUAGUUUAAUUUCAAUUAUGUAUUUAUUUAUUUAUUUUUUAGUUUUGGUCGUGCAACAAACCCGUCAUGGAUUGGUUUCACUGCAACAGCUGUUUCAAGACGGAGGGAGUUGAGUUUUGCGUGUCGAGUUGCGGGCACAUCGCCUGUGAAAACUGCGUGAGUCAAGAUAAAUGUCGUGUUUGUGGCGCCUCAUGCAAAUUCCUGUUACUGUCAGAAAAUCUCAAGCCUCAAGAACAGAUGUAUUUCAGGAACCCCAUAGAAGUGGCACGGAAUCAUUUUGAACAAAUCGCACAGGUGUCUUUGUUCCAGAAGAAGCAGAUGGCACGAGUCCUGGCUUUUUACAAGUACAAAUCCUCGGAAAUGGAGAGCAAGUUGCGGGAGGGGAGCAAGCUCAGCAAACAGCAGGAGAGGGAACUAGCUGAGUUGAGGAAGGAGAAUGCAGAGCUGAAGAAUCUCCUGUCUCGUGUCAAGUUGUCUCAGAGUCCUCUACAAGAAAACAGGGGCAACAGAAUAUCGCGGCCAGUAGCCAUCACGUCGCCUACACUAGUAAGCCCUAGAAGAAGCAGCUAUCAAGUCAGCCGUUCAGACUCAAUGGAAUCACUGGAGCGGUACAGAGGAAUCCGAUCUGGAGGUGCCAUUACCCCAGGGAGUGCCAGCACCAUGUCAGGCAGAAGCACGCCACAGGACCCAAAUUUCAGAACUCCCACCAGUGUCUCUGCAGGGGCGCUGACCGGCAGAACCCCCACCAGUGUGUCCCGGACCCCUCGCCUGCUCCAGUUCCAGUUCGGUUCUGGUUCCAGCCUCCAGUCGCUACCGUCCCCCAACCCCCGAAUAUUCACAGGUCAGCCAGGGCAAAGCAGUGGUCAAGCGCGAACGCCUCAGCUGUUAUCUCACACCCAGUCAUCUUUGAAUCAGAACAGAGAAAGGCGUUUCUAGCCAAACUGAGUGACGCAGAAGCCUGAUGACAGCCAGAUAGAGAAAGAUAUAGGAGAGAGAGAGAGAGAGACUCUGACUGGGCCAGACCAGCAGCUGGAACGGAAGAUCAGAAGACAGUAAAUAUUACAAUAAAAAACACACGAUAUUUGUACAGUGGGGCACAUACCCAUUAUUCGGAUUAGGCUGUCCACAGAAAUCAGAUGAGGGUGGCUGGUGUCGAUCGGGCCGAUUUACCCUUCAGAGUGAAUUCAGAAACAGCUGCUUGGGUUUGUGACGAUCGCUGCUUUUUCUUCAGACUCUGCGGAGAACAGCGACCCACACAAACCCGAGCAGCUGUUUCUUAAUUCACUCUGAACGGGUGAAAUCAGCCCGAUCGACACCAGCCACCCUCGCCUGUGAUCAUUAUUAAAUUCUUUAGACACAAAGAUGUCGGUCGAAGACUUUUAGUUACUGCUGUGGUUAACAGUCUGUUG